AUGGCUCAGGAUCCGCUCAUGGACCUAGGUGGAUCUGAAAGACCCGAGCCACCAGGAAACUGUUCAAUACACCCGGAAAGCGAAACCGCCAGAGAAAAGUUAUUAGUGGGUUCGAUACAAAGACCGGUCGCAAAACUCAACCAACUUGUGGAUGGCGGAACGGAUGGGACUCGACCUCCACAGGCUCGACUUCCAAUCCAUUCUCAAGGCUCCAACCUUCAUCGGCAACAGCAUUCCCAAUACACUGCGCAUAACGAAAAUGAUACUAUUGAUCAUAUUUCGCCCAUUCCACAGAUGGGCCAUGGUGAGUAUCACCGAUCAUCCUUUGGCGGAGGCACUUCUUCGGCUGAUGAAUCUACUUCCUCGGGACUUUCUGAAAGAAGACAAAUUCCUGAGCCAUUGGACAGAACACCCGAAAAGGUUAAAGCAGGACAUCGGUGGAUUAUUACCACAAAAUGGCUUUUCAUAGCUACGCUAAUUGGAAUGAAGUAAGUUUCCCAUAUCGAGUAUGAGUACUAUCAACCCCUACUAACACAUGAUUAUUCUUAAGCACACUUUUCAUUUUCGCAACUUGGUGGUGGCCAAAAUAUUAUUACAUCUUUUUGCCCCUAAUAACCAUCACGGUGGCUCUUAAUUGCAUCAUGGUGUUUUCGAUAAUGUUUCAUGUUAUACUUCGAAGAUUCGUCCCAGAGAAACUUGAGAUGCCAGCGGAACCUGAGAGCAUGGUUUUACUUUUGCCAUGCUACAACGAAACACGUGAAGAGCUUGUCAAAUCCCUCGAUUCUCUUGCCGCUCAAACUGAAAUUGCCGAUCACAAGAAAGCAAUCAUGAUUAUCUGCGAUGGCAAAGUCCGUGGACCAGGCAUGGAAAAAACCACAGCGGAUUAUCUGCUAGAAGACAUCUUGACUGACUCUGUUUCAAGAGAGUAUAUUGUGGGAGCAUAUACUUCUUGGGACCACAGUGAGAUGGAUAUCGUGGUUCAGAAGGGAAGCUACUCUGAGAUUCCAUAUAUCUGCAUCGUCAAGCAAUCGAACAGAGGCAAAAGAGACGGACUUAUUCUAAUUCGAUCAUUUCUUUACAAUUUCAACAUCAGGCAGUCGAAACCAGCGGUCAUUCUAUCUUCAUUCUUUUUUGAUCUCAUGGUUGCAUUUCUCCUCCAAGCUGGGUUUUCGAGAGUCGAUAUUCUCAUUGGGAUGGAUGCAGACACAUUUUUUGAACCAGCAUGUAUCUCGGAACUGAUCAAACAAUCUCAUUACAAACACACAGUCGGGGUAUGCGGCUAUGUUGCAGUCGACUUUCAAGGACAGGAUUGGAGCCCAUGGCGACUUUACCAAAAUACCGAAUAUACAAUUAGCCAAUGUCUUCGAAGACUACAUCAAUCCAUCGCUACACACAAAGUUUCUUGUCUCCCCGGUUGUUGCCAAUUACUAAAAGUGUGCGAGACCACUUGUGGAGAUCGCGUUCUUCUCGAGAGAUUCGGGUAUCAUCCUCGAGUAACUGAUAAUUUGCUCAAGCAAAUCCGAGCUACAGCAAGUGAAGACCGAAAUCGUAAGUUCUCGGCCAAGAAAUCAUGUGUUCGUAGUGCUGACCUCCUUAUUCUAGAUGUCUGCCUGAUGUUGUCAACGUUCCCGAAAGCACGAACACGACAAGCCAUCAAUGCUCGUGCUUACACCGACGUUCCACACUCAUGGUCGGUAUUUCUUUCUCAACGUAGACGUUGGACGUUGGGUGCUACAUGCAACGAUCUAUUCCUUGUGUUUGCUCCUGGAGUCAUAUUAUUCGAGCGAAUUCUUGCCAUCGCCAACGUGAUUACCUGGGUACUCAACUUGUUCAUUAUUGCAUGUAUUGCAAGUUUCAUAAAAGCAUGUACAUGUAAGCCUUCCAAUGUUCCUAUUUCAUGCUGUCAAUGUGCUGACUAAUGUUAGUUGUUCAUUAUUCUUUAAUCUUGGCUUUCGUGUCUGUUAUGCUCCUGCCUCUCAUUUAUUACGUUCUGAUUGUAGCAUGGCAGCCACGAAGCGCAAAAGAAAGAAUCCAAUAUCUGCUCGGACUAUUCAUGUACUUUUUCAUCGGUCCUUUUUUAAAUGUUAUUGUCCUUGUCUACGCGUUGUGGUCGAUUGAUAAUUUCGCAUGGGGCAAGACACGAAAAGUGGUGGAGCCAGUAGAAGGCAACGAGAAAGAAGAACCGGGAGUCGCGGAAAAGAAAACGGCAGGAAACAUACCACUUCGUGAUUUGGAGGCACAAUAAUUUCAAUUGGCUGGUUUAGGGAAGGAUGUUGGUAAGAAUGUUUGUUUAUCGAAGGUUCG